CUAAAAAUCCAAUCUUUUUUUUCGCCUUUCUUCUUGUUCCCAUGGCGACUCCCGUUCCCAGGCCUUCUUCCAAGCUCUCCAGGUCUGUUUCCGCAUCCCUUAACCCUCCCAAUUCCGCCUCCUCCUCGUCCAAAUCCCUACCUCCUUCCUAUUCUUCUUCGCUUUCCUCCCAUCUCGCCAUGGUGGAGCUCAAAUCGCGUGCCCUCGCCGCGCUAUCCAAGCUCUCCGACCGCGACACGCACCAGAUCGCCGUCGAAGAACUCGAGAAGAUUAUCCGGACCCUCCCAGCUACCGGCGUCCCGAUGCUCCUCCACGCCCUCAUCCACGACCCCGCCGUGUCCUCGCCGGGCCCCCAGAACCUACCCGCGUCGAAGCAGUCUUCGUUCCUCGUCGCCCGGCGUGAGUCCCUCCGCCUCCUAGCGCUUCUAUGCGCCUGUCACACCGACGCGGCCUCGGCGCACCUACCCAGGAUCAUCGCUCACAUCGUCCGACGCCUCAGGGACCCUACUCCCGAUUCCUUUGUCCGAGAAGCCUGCCGCGACGCCGCCGGCUCGCUGGCCACUUUGUACCUCCGCCCAUCGAUUGCGGCUGCGGCUGCGGCAGAAGACGGCCCUGGCGGAGGAGGAUCGUCGCCGGUGGUGGGGCUGUUCGUGAAACCGUUCUUUGAGGCAAUGGCGGAGCAGAACAAGGUGGUGCAGGGAGGGGCUGCUAUGUGUCUCGCGAAGGUGGUAGAGUGUGGGGGGAUAGGAGAGGAUGGGAAGAUUGCAGCAGCAGGGUCGAUGUUCCAGAGACUAUGCCCUAGGAUAUUUAAGACGCUCGGUAGCCAGAGCUUUCUAGCGAAAGGAGCAUUGCUUUCAGUUGUCUCUAGCCUCGCUCAGGUAGGAGCUAUUAAUCCCCAGAGCAUACAACAAAUACUGCAAAUAAUUUGUGAAUGCCUUGAGAAUAGUGACUGGGCUACCCGUAAGGCAGCUGCUGAUACACUGUGUGUGUUAGCCUCUUGCUUAAGCCAUUUGCUUGGUGAUGGUGCUGCAGCAACCAUAGCCACACUCGAGGCUUGCCGCUUUGACAAGGUAAAACCUUGCAGAGAUAGCAUAAUGGAGGCAUUGCAAUUAUGGAAGAAGAUUAAAGGAGAGGAUGGAAUUUCACCAAAGAAAAAAGAAUCUAGGAAAUUGGAAUUAGUUGAUAAUGAAGAAAAGAGAGAUCAAGAUGGGUUUGAUCGUGGUAAAGUUCAGGAGUCAUUAAAGAUUUCAUAUGCUGCUUCUUCAUCUAGUGAAAAUGAGCCUGUAUUAAAAGGAAACAGCACUAACAUGCCAGAGAAAGCAGCUGCGCUUUUAAGGAAAAAGGCACCUACUUUGACAGACAAAGAGUUGAACCCAGAAUUCUUCCAGAAACUUGAGAACAGGAGUUUGGAUGACUUACCUGUAGAAGUAAUGGUACCUCAUAAGCGCUUGCAGUCCUCUCAUUCACAAAUUGAAGGGCAACAAGAAACUUGCAGACACUUGGUAGGAACACCAAACAGUGAUGGAACAAUACCUGCACAAUUAGAUAAUUCUCAUGGAUAUAAAAAUUCAAAUGCAUGGGACAAGCGGCCGGAACAGAGACUAUUCUGGGCAAAAGAUUCAAAAGCAAAACUUGUUGAUGUCGAUGAUAGAAGUGAGGGAUCUAUGAAAGAUUUACCUCUAGGUCAGUCAGAGGUUACUAGAUUGGAUGCCCAUACUGAAGGUACAUUUAUAAGUAAUAAAGCUAGUUGGUCAGCGAUACAGAGACAGUUAGCUCAACUGGAGAGGCAACAGACCAGUAUCAUGAAUAUGUUGCAGGACUUUAUGGGAGGCUCCCAUGAUAAUAUGGUGAAUCUAGAAAAUAGAGUCAGAGGUCUUGAGAGAGUCGUGGAAGAAAUGGCUCAUGAUUUGGCUAUGUCAUCUGGAAGGAGAGGAGGAAGCAUGUUUCUACAGUUUGACAAUUCUCCAGCUAGAUCUUCAUAUACGAGCUCAAAGUUUAGUAGGCUUGGCGAGAUGCGACUUCCAUUUUCUGAAAGGUAUUUCUCAUCUGGCAGUGUAGUUUCUGGUGUAAAGGGAAGAGAUUCUCCAAGGAGGUCUGAAUCAGAAACAUGUGAUUCUUCUGGAUACACAAUAUCCAGAAAUGGUUUUUUCAACUCAAAGGGUUUUGGCACUGUUCCAGUGGAUGGUGGGGUACCCAGAGCUAAUCAUGACACUGAUCGAGUCAGUGGCAGGAGGGCUUGGAACAAGGGAUCAGGAUCAGCCAGGCUUGGUGAAGGACCUUCAGCAAGAAGUGUUUGGCGAUCUUCAAAGGAUGAGGCUACCCUGGAAGCUAUUCGAGUAGCUGGGGAAGAUAAUGGUACUUCUAGAAAUUCUGCAUGCAUACCUGUUCCCCAAUUAGAUGCUGAAGCUUUAACAGAUGACAAUCGAGGGGCAGAUAGGGGUCCACUCUGGGCAUCUUGGACUCGUGCCAUGGAUUUACUUCAUAUUGGUGAUAUCGAUUCAGCUUAUGCAGGGAUUCUUUCAACUAGUGAUGACUUAUUGCUUGUAAAGCUGAUGGAUAAAUCAGGCCCAGUUUUUGACCAGCUUUCUGGUGAAAUAGUAAAUCAAGUCUUGCACGCGGUUGGGCAGUUUGUUCUUGAACAAAGUUUGUUUGAUAUAGCAUUAAGCUGGCUUCAACAGUUGUCAGACCUUGUAGAAAAUGACGCUAACUUCCUUAGGAUUCCACUUGAAUUGAAGAGGGAGAUUUUGUUGAAUCUCCAUGAAGCUUGUACGCUAGAACUUCCAGAAAAUUGGGAGGGGGCACUUCCAGACCAACUAAUGAUGCAUUUAGGUUCAGCUUGGGGACUCAAUUUGCAACAGCUUAUCAAGUAAGCAUCUAACAAAGCUAACGAGGGAAAAGAACAUAUAACAGAUCUGUCAUUGAUAUGUAAUGGCUCUCCUUUUUUCCUUCCUUUUAUAUGUUUGAUUGGGGCUUUUUGUAAGUAAUAUACGUAUUGUAAUUGAAUUCUACAAAGAAAAAUGAGCCUUUAUUUAUCGAAUAUAGUCAAAGAACAUCUCUUUCGGUAGUCUUUCAUUCUUAUUUUACUGUAUGCAAACUAUUUCAAUAGUGCUCGUAAAUUUUCUUUGGUAUAUUUUA